AUGGAGGUCGAAGCUCCUCAUGAACAAUCUUCAAUUCAGAGUCACGAUUCUCAGAUCCCGCCAGUAGGAGAUCCAACCGAUCCCUUCUCAAUCGCAGUUGAAGCAUUUGCCUCGAUCAAGAAUGAAUUGGAAGAGUUGAUCGACGAAAACGGCUCAGUUGGUUCACUAAAGCGACAUUUUCAAAGUGCGGAGAAUCCAACUACUCUUUCUAACCCCGAUUUCGCCAAUAGAAUGAAGAAGAUCAAGAAUGAACUUGCUCCCCUUCUCGAAAGAUUUGAAUCCGUCAACAACGCCGAAAUGGCUGCUCGAGGCAGGGAUGUUCGACUUCAAAACAAAGGCACGAUGAUGCUUCGGACAAAAAUCUGCGAGCUUUUGGCGAAGAUCUUCAAGGAGCUCCAAAUCAUCGAGAAAACCGAAGUGCCACAGUUGUCCGCGAUGUUCGCUGAUGAAGUCGAUUUUCUUUUCACGACGACAAUUUUGAUCUCUGCGCAUGCGACGAAUUCGAAGCAUGGAACUGCCGUUAGAAAACAACUCAGUCAUUACGAAAACAUGGUGAUUUGGGCGUAUUCUUACAAGAUCGAAACCACCGAAGAUUGGUUGCAAAAGCCGCUGGGCCAGUUCCUCAGCUUGAUUGACUCUUCCCACAGUCCCCGAAACCAAGCAAGCCUGUUCGGCCUUUUGCUGUCCAUCCCGGCCGAGUCGUACCAAAAAGCUCUUGUGGAAAUGCUGGCUCAUUUUUACGAAACAGACGAGAUCAAUCCAGACGCAAUGGCAGCAUCUUUUAUUCGAGCGCUGAAACUGGCACUGAUGCAGGGUGAGAUUGCGGGCGAAGAAAAAGCAAGAAAGAUGGAGCGACAUGUUCAGGCGUUGUUGAAAGAAGUUCUGAAGACGCCGAGACCGUGGUUUCUGAAAAACAUCCUUCCGAUGAUCAAAAAGAUUGGAAAGAGCGCCCACGGCGACAAGGAACUCCAAACAUCGCUUUACAACGUCUACUACUUCAUGCGAAACAAUGGCGCUUCCGUAGCGAACAAAAUAAUGUCCCACCAGGCGGAAACGAUCAUGCUCCUUCUGACACCUAAUCUUCCAUCUGGACUGGAGCGGGAAAACUUCGAUGCUGAAUUCUUUGGCCAGUUCCGAUUGAUGCUGAACUCGAUGGUCGUCGCUGACUUCGAAAUGCGCAUUGCGGCGAUCGAAAAGUUUAAAGUCUGGACGAGCAGCUAUUGGGACUCGCUGGUCGAGUAUCAGUUGGAAAACGUCGUUGAGGGCUUUCAAACGCUCGCGAAGAUCAUGCUGCACUUCGAGAGCUGCGCGAAGACGGCCGAGGCGGCCAUAAAUACGCUCACUGACAUCAUCAAGGAAAAUCAAAGCGCGCACUCGCUGAUCUACGACAUUUUCGCCGGUGACGAAAGCUUCAAAAAGCGGACAGAAAAUGCGAUUAAUGUGAGCCGGGUCAUCACCGCAAAAAACGUCAAAGUCCGACUUGCGUUUGUCCGGCUUUUGAGAACCUGCAACAAAACGCUGUUUGUGAAAUGGAACCACAUUUGUCAGCCGACGCGGCUUUAUAGAAGACUACUAGAGGAAAACGAUUCGCAAGUAAAGGUCGAAAUCGCCAUGCUGGCCAGGCACAUAUUUUUUAAAGCCAAGGACGCGAGUGACAAAGCGGGCGUAAUUGAGACGAUCAAGACGUUGACGAAGUUGCACGAGGAGUCGAGUGAAUUAUGCAUGGUGCUUCUUCCAGAGGUGCUUGAUGGCUGGGAAGCAAUGGGCUUCACUGUGAAGUUGUUGCUAACGAUUCUGCGCAAGUUGGCGCACUUGGUGAAACACGAGAUCGGUGAACGAAAGAAGCUAGAAGACGAAGGAAAUGCAGAUGGAUCUAAUGCGUCGAUGGGAGUACUGCCAGCUAGUUUGAUGAUUGGCGCGGCGAUCUUCCGCUCUCACUACAUGGCGACAGUUCAAAAAACGUAUUACGAAUAUAUGAAGAAAAAAGAAGGAGGCGAAGAGAUACCGAAAGAAGCUGAGGAGAACAUGAAGUUGGUUGAAGAAGUUGACAUCCUUUGGAAGGGAAUUACGGAGAAAUCGUUCAGUUUGAAUCACGACUCGAGGGAGAUGAAACUUGCUAUUGUUUUCCUCGCCGGAGUCUGGAAACAUGACGACAUUGAGACAAUAUCGGUGCCGCUGCGAGGAGCGAUCAAAAGAGGAAUUGUUAACCCAUCCGUGAUCGUUCAGGCGUUUGUGAAGUGGAACAGGCUGGCAGAUGUCUGGUGCGAAAUCAAUCUAUGGUUCCACAAGCAGAAAGAACCGAAAGAGCCGGAACGCAGAGGCGUUCGUUUCGCAACAGAGAAUGAGCAAGAGGAAGUUCUCACUCUCACGCACGUGAUCCAAUACAUUCGAGCGAUGUCCGAGUACAAGAGCACCUUCGGGCAUAAAGAAGCCGCCGAGACCUUCGAUCAAAUAAGCGACUUUAUGGAAAAGUUCUUCUCUGAGAUUAGAUCUUCGGAAAAACUUUCGAGCGUGUACGAAGAAGCAGCUGCUGGCCAAUUUGAGUAUCUGGCGAGGCUGCGAUUUCAGCUGAAUCUAGCGAAAGGACGGGCGGAGAACAAGUUCAUCUCCAAGCAAGUCGACUUUUCUGAAUAUCAUGAUAUCCUAGUUUCUGAAAAGCACCGUUACGGGAACGAGAAGAAACUGCAGGCGAUUUUCAUAGGCGACAUGAUGAGCAUCACAAACGCCUUGCGAGAAACAUUGGACGUCAUCAAGCCAGGCUGGGCGAUCGAGGAGCAAAUGCGCAACAUCCUCACUGAGAACAAAGACCUCGUGCGAGCACAUCUCUUCGCGAUUCGGCAAUUUGUCGAAUCCCUAAUCCGCCACAAGCUAGUCAAGGAGAAGGAAAACGGCGACUUCUUUACUUUGGCAGAGAUCGUUGUCUUUGUCUUCAAAACAUUGGGAGGCGAGAGAGGUUUCAGUAAAUCUGAGAUGGCCACGAUCCAGGGACACUUUGAUUUCCUCAGCCGGGUGACCCAGAAGAACUUGAGACAUACCUUCGAUGUCGCCUUUAUGGAUUUUUUGAAGGACUCCCACUUUCUGCUGAAGCCAUUUAGGGAUCGUUUCUGCAACGCGGACUUUGGCCACAUAGAGCGCGUCUGGAAUGAGUGGAGCGCCAAAGAAAGCGACGCGAAUGUAAUCGAAAUGAUUCGUGAAGAGCUCUACUCUAGAAUGAAGUUCAAACGAGCAGACUGUCCAGCGCCUGGAACGCACCCGCUUUUCCCUCUCCAAAACCGUCCAGAAAGCUCCCUUUCCAACAUAAGCGACGGAUUCGACAACGACGAGCCCCUACUUCGACGGGGCUCGAACGAGACCCAAUCUUUUUGA